AUGCUGGGGACACUGGGGCUUGGGGCCCUCCUUCCCACAGCUGUGCCCACAGGACCCCCCAGCAGGCGAACCUGUGUGUUCUUUGAGGCCCCCCGAGUUCGGGGAAGCACCAAGGCACUGGGAAAGCUGCUGGACACAGGACAAGAGUCCCCCAGGGUCAUCCGCUGCCUCUACAGCCGAUGCUGCUUUGGGAUCUGGAACCUGACCCAGGACCAGGCACAGGUGGAGAUGCAAGGAUGCCGCGACAGUGACGAGCCGGGCUGUGAGUCCCCCCACUGUGAGCUGAGCCCCAGGGCCCAGCCCCGCCCCACCUCCACCCUCUUCACCUGCUCCUGCGCCUCUGACCUCUGCAACGCCAACUACAGCCAGAUGCCUGCUCCUGGGGGCCCGGGCGCUGCCGGCUCCCACGGCCCCCAGCCGGCCCCAGGCGGGUCCAUCUGGCUGGCGCUGGCGCUGCUGGGCGUCCUGUUGCUGCUGCUGCUGCUACCGGCGAGCGUCGUGCUGGCCCUGCGCCAGCGCGCGGCCCGCCGAGCGCGGGUGCGGGGAGGCCCCGCCGCGCCCGCGCCCGAGCCGGGGUCCGAGCGGGACUGGGCCGCGGGGCUCCCGCGGGUGCCCGAGCUGCGCCUCUCGCAGGUGAUCCGGGAAGGCGGCCACGCGGCGGUGUGGGCCGGGCGGCUCCGGGGCCAGCCGGUGGCCGUCAAGGCCUUCGCGCCCAGGGCGGCGGCCCGGUUCCGCGCCGAGAGAGCCCUGUACGAGCUGCCGGGCCUGCGGCACGACCACCUUGUGCGCCUCAUCGCGGCCGGCAGGGGUGGCCCGGGACCCCUGCCCCCGGGGCCGCUGCUCGUGCUGGAACUGCACCCCAAGGGCUCCCUGUGCCACUACCUGUCCCAGCACACCAGUGACUGGCGUGGAUCUCUGCGGAUGGCGCUGUCUCUGGUGCAGGGCCUGGCGUUUCUCCACGAGGAGCGCUGGCUGGACGGCCAGUAUAAACCUGGUAUCGCCCACCGAGAUCUGAGCAGCCAGAACGUGCUCAUUCGGGACGAUGGGUCAUGUGCUAUUGGAGACCUGGGUCUCGCCUUGGUGCUCCCCGGCCUCACUCAGCCCCCAGCAUGGGCCCCGACGCCACCCCGAGGGCCAGCCGCCAUCAUGGAGGCUGGCACCCAGAGGUACAUGGCCCCGGAGCUCUUAGACAAGACUCUGGACCUGCAGGACUGGGGCACGGCCCUCCGGAGAGCUGACGUCUACUCCCUGGCCCUGCUCCUCUGGGAGGUCCUCAGCCGUUGCCAAGAUUUACGACCGGACGGCGCCCCGCCGCCCUUCCAACUGGCCUACGAGGCAGAACUGGGCAGCAGCCCCACCACCUGUGAGCUGUGGACCUUCGUCGUGGAGGAGAGAAGGCGACCCUCCAUUCCGCCCACCUGGCCCAGCUGCACCACGGUUCCCGGGGGCCUGAGGGAUCUCCUGGAGGACGGCUGGGAUGCAGACCCAGAAGCGCGGCUGACGGCCGAGUGUGUGCGGCUGCGUCUGGCGGCCCUGGGCGAGCCGCGGGCCACCCACCCUGGCCCAGAAGAGUGUCCACACAGCUGCCCACCUCUCCACCCUGAGGACGGCCUCUCAGCUCCUCCCCACUGCCAUUCUUCCGUGUAG